AUGAAGGCGCCAAUUACAUCGAUACUCCUCACGGCCUUGGCCGGCACCGCGCUGGCUCGGCCGGGAACCAAGGCCCCUCGCGCCGGGGCAGCAUUUGGUCCGGCCGACCUCAAGGCAUACAACGCCCCCAACGCCGUCUCAAUGGAGGUUCUCAAGCAGAAGAAGCUUGACCAGUUUGCGCGGGAUGAGCAAGCGGGCGCCUUUGCCAAGGACAAGUAUACCCUCCAGGGCGCCACGUCGUGUGCCAGUGGCAAGGCGGGCGAGUACUCGUGCAACAAGGUCGACCUCAAGGGCUUCCUGCGUCAUCAAGACUUGCAGAGCCGUUCGCGCCGCGGGAACGACAUCUGGGGCUGGACUGCCUCCAACGGCCGCGAGUUCGCCAUCGUGGGCCAGGCCGAUGGUACUGCCUUUGUCGAGGUGCUCAAGGACGGAAGCCUGCAGUAUGUCGGGCGCCUCAACACGCAGACAGAGCCGUCGACGUGGCGCGACAUCAAGGUCGUCAAGAACCACGCCUACAUCGGGUCUGAAGCGCCAGACCACGGGCUUCAGAUCUUCGACCUGACCAAGCUGCUCAAAGCGGACCCCAAGAACCCACCGAGCUACAGCACGCGCAGCGACCUCGCCGCGCACUUCACUGGCUUCGGCAGCAGUCACAACAUCGUGGCCAACGAGGAGACGGACACCAUCUUCGCCGUGGGGACGGCGCGCAACGAGAAGUGCCGCGGCGGCCUGUGGAUGAUUGACGUAUCGAACCCGCGCCGCCCGCAGGACAACGGCUGUGUGGCUCAGGACGGGUACGUUCACGACGCGCAGUGCGUCAUCUACCGUGGACCGCAGAGGGACUUCCAGGGCCGGGAGAUCUGCUACUGCUACAAUGAAGACAGCCUGACCAUCGUGGACAUUACGAGGCGCGCACGGCCGGUGCAGCUUUCGCGCACCACAUACAAUGGCGCGACGUAUACGCACCAAGGUUGGUUGGCGACAAAGGACAUGCGGUACCUCUUGCUCGACGAUGAACUGGACGAGCAGAACGGCUCGGGGCCGGCGGCCGACGGCCACACCGCGACGUACAUUGUCGACGGGUCUGAUCUGCGCAACCCGAUCUUCACGGGCGUGUACAAGAGCCCCGUCAAGUCCAUCGACCACAACCAGUACGUCAUCGACGGCAUCGCGUACCAAAGCAACUACGGCUCGGGCCUGCGUGUGGUUAAUGUCACGUCGAUCGUUGAGGACGACUCGGGAUCCCAGUUCGAGGAGAUCGGUUUCUUCGACGUGCGGCCUGAAGAUGACGACAAGGGUGGCGAGGUGACGUUUAAUGGGGCCUGGUCGGUCUAUCCCUAUUUCAACAGCGGGUAUGUGUUGGUGAAUAGCAUCGAGCGAGGCGUCUACUCUGUCCGACUGAACGCCAAUGUUGGCAAGAUCCCACCGGCGCAUGACAGUGCCCUCGCCCUGGCCGACGCCGAGCAGUACGACGUCGUCUUACUGCAGCACUGGUAG